UGAACGGAACAGCCGCGCGCGAUCGUCGCACGCAACCGCCGUCGGAUUGUUUGUCAAUAAUCCUCUCCUCCUCCACCUCCGCCGCCGACGCCGCGCUUAUCCUCCCGCGCUUCGAGUUACAUAUACGCGUCCCGUCACACCUCGCCAGUACGCACGAUCGUCGACGAGCACGCUCGUCACGCUGGCAUGACGGACGAUCGACGGCAGGUUCGGUAGUGAACGGAUCAUCAUCGUCAUCGUCAUCGUCACCGCCUCCUUUUUUUUUUCCUCCUCGCGGCUCGCUCUUUGACUGGACCCUUCACGCGACGCGCCUGACGUACCGCGCGGCGUACACCCUCUCUCCCCUCUCGCGUCCGACGAGCCGGGACGCCAGGAAUGCGCGAACGCGGAGUACCAGCGGGCACUUGCUACGGGACACGCGUGUAACGGGCGCGCACCACCACACACGGCAUUGACACGACGCGCGCGCGCGCGCGAGCGCACGUGCGUGCACACGCAUACAUUGUACGCGCGGCGACGACGACGACGACGACGACGAUGCGUCGACGAGCUACUACUACGUCUGCCUCGCCGCUGGGAGGACGCGCCGACCCGCUGACCUCGUCGCCGGCGGGACUCCGGGCUUGACGGAGUGCGAACGACGUGUUGUUCGGCUCUCCGGGACGUCGUCGCGACCGAGCGGAGCAACUUCGGAGCAGGAGCUCCAGAAGCGAUUGCCGCGGACGCUUUCCUUGUAAGUGGACUGUGGACCAGCACAAUUAUUGUGGUACGACAUUCGUCUCGAGAACGGGACGUACGUUAACUGCAUAGCAAUUUCUGGUUCUUGAAGAAAAUAAACAGUGUACCUCGAGGAGCGUCGCCCGAUAGUGCAGAGCGACGCUGAAUCGUGUACGAUUUCACCGCGCCGUGAGGGGACAGGAGAGCACCGGACCGAAGUGUGGCACUGGAGAGAGUAAUCAGCGUGAACGAAUUCACUAUCGGUGAACGGCGAGUGUAAAUAAUAUUCAUUGGAAGAAAAUGUGUAAUGCCAGAGUGAUACAAUUUAAAGACAUAGGUGGCCAAUCCGGAGCGAUCAAUCACAACAGACUAUUGUGUAUUUCGCUUAGUUGAUGUACGGAACGUUGCCUUAGACGUUCUUUUGUCUAGCGCUUUUAUUGCAUAUCCUUAUAUAGUCACGCUCUGUUGGAAAAAACAAAACCCGGUGUUCACAAAACUGCAAAAUUUAAUGAGGCCGAAGGUGCCGCAAAAGAGGGGAAACUUUCUCUUGAGAAGGUACAGCGUUCUACGAUCGACUGCGACAAACAAUGAACCAUUCGGGAAGCGGAAAACGCCAGGCGAAGGUUUUGGAAGAAAAUUAUUGGGACUGCAGUGUCUGCACUUAUAGGAAUACAGCGGAAGCAUUUAAGUGCCUCAUGUGUGACGUCCGCAAAGGUACCUCUACGCGGAAACCCCGCAUAAAUCCCCAAUUGGUAGCUCAACAGGUUGCGCAGCAACAGUAUGUACCACUCCUGAAACCAGGCAAGAAGGAAGGAAGCGGCGGCGGCGGUGGCGGCGGCGGCGGCGGUGGCGGCGGUAGCACGACCAGCGGCGUCAAGGAGAAGGAGCGCAAGCUGGACAAGCUGAGGCGCAAGAACAGGCAUCCGCCGCGCCUGAAAAACAUCGACCGCAGCACCGCGCAGUCGAACGAGGUGACGGUCAACAAUGUCACCGUCACCAUCACCGAGUACAAGCCCAAGGUGAAGAAGGGCUCGGAUCAGUCGAGCAACGCGAGCUCCGAGGGCGGGAGCCAGCACGACUCGAAUCAGGACUCGAGAAGCCUCGACGUGGGAACCGACGCCUAGCUUAAUGACUAUAAUGUUACAUAUGUGUGUAUGAAUUAUUCCAAUUAAUAUAUAUUGUAUGUAUGUCAACUCUCUACCGGUCAGCUGUACCAUUCCUCUAGACGGAAGAAAACGCGACCGCGUUGUUGACACACAGUCAACGCUCCUCUCUCGUUUGACUUGUACGUCGCGAGUUGUGUAACGUGUACCCCCAGAGCGGGGUAUCAGCAUUUUAUGUCGGCUGUCGGCGGAGAUAUUAUUGACUGAGCACGAUUCGUGUAUCAUCAUUCAAGGGUAGGCGGGAUAGGAAUAUGUGUACAUUGUAUGUCACUGUUUUACUUGUUGCACGAAGUAUUGAAUAAUUUGCGCCACUUCUCUGUACGCGUCUUUUUUUUUUUUGGCGAAAAAAAUGUACUUAAAAGAUCGCUUAUUUUACGAACGUCGUACUUGCAACAUGUAUUCGAAUUUGUUCGAAAUCUCUAUCGACGUGGCACACUCCGCGUUAGAUUUAAAUGCGGGGAAAAAAAAUGGAAGGAAACAAAUUGUAAAUAUCAGUGCAACGGAACUUUAUGAAACAUUGUUGACGUAAUUAUAUCUUCGAUUUUCAUUGAAUUCUACGAGACCACUGCCAGGGAGCGCAUCGUAAAGGCGAUUUCCGUUACGGAAUUUGUUAACAAGACUAACCAGAGAGCACGACUGGCACUGGUACAUAUAUAUGUACACCUUAUUCCAUUCUAAUUCGUCAACGAGAUGAAUUUUCUUGAAAUAUAAUAUACCUACUUAAAUAAUGGAAAGUUAUUUUACUGAUCUCUUCACGAUUCGCUAAUUUAUUCUACACUUUUACUGAGCGUAAUUAAAUUCGUAUUAAUUCGUAAUUAAGUCCAAAAGCGUUUAAUCACAAUUGUAUAUACAGUUCGAACAUAACUUUUCAGAUAUGUAAUAUAUAAAUAUACUUCGCGCGCGUAUUAAAUGUUCGAGCAACGCUCUCUGAAAAAAAAAAAAGGAGAAAGAUAAAAUUUCAAUUUUUUUCAGCAAAUAAGCGAGUUGAGAUUGUAGAAUGAAACGAGGUAAUACUUUGUCCGAAAAUGCAAAUGCGUAUGCACGCAAGAGGAAUCGUUCAAGUUUAUUACGUUUACCACAUUUAUAUAAACUGCCCAACAAAAUUUCAUAAAGACUUGUAUCUGUUCAAAAUUAAAUCGCAGCUGCAAGGACCAUAGCAAGUUCCUUAAGUAAACGGGUAAACUAGAAAAAGAAGGGGUUUCUAACAUUGUUAAUAUCAGGCCCCCAUAAUUAUACACUUAUCGAGAUCAUUGUAAUACGAUUCUGCAUAAAAAAAAAUGAAAGUAAAUAUAAGAAUCUAUCAGUAUCAGAGUAAUAGUGAUUAAUAGAUAAAUCGAGGAUUGUACACUCGAGGAACGAAUAAUAUCGCCAAACAUUUGGUAAUAUUGACUUGUAAAAAUGAUCCUCAUGACUGCCCCCUCUCCCCCUCAGACUUGCUUUCUCGAUAUCUUGAAUUCUUAAUCAAAGGAAUCGUUGCGUAAGAUGUAGCUUUUACAAAACGAAUUUCUAACCGAGAAAUAGCCAGGUAAUUGAAUAACCUAACCACUUUUACAAAAACAGUUCCAUGCAAAUGGUAUUUUUACAAUUUUGUGAAUUCGUAUAAGUUAUACAAAUCCUUUCCGUCUUACAUGACGUAACUGCUUAUUUUUACAUGGCGCAAAUCUGUAUUUUAUCUGUAUUUUAAUAGUAUACAACAAUUCUUCAAGUGGACAGCGUGUGUUUUCGAGUCUGUACUAAAAUUUUUUAAUUCUUUGGAAUUAAUGUUUCUAAAUACAAUACGUGUAAUCUCUUGUUCACGAGAGAUUAAGCGAGUGCUGUUGUCCAUUACAAAUUUAUGGCAUAGCACUGUGCGAAUCAGGGGAGCUUGCUUCAUUAAAUGAUUUUUUUUUUUAUGAAAUGAUGUCUCCCGAAUGUCGAAUAAAACUACUGAAUAGAAUACUGUACUUGUUAUUUUCAACAAAAAUUACAUGACGUAAGAUUCACGGAAAAUAAUGGAAUUAAAAUUAUACUGUUAAAAGGGAAACAAUAAAUCAUUGUUUUGAGAAAC